CUUGAGAGAAAGAGAAGGCAGCCGACACGCAGUGCAGCAGCAGCCCGGGGUGAUGAUGGCUGAGAGGAUGUCACCGGCCUCAUGAAGUCAGGUCUCUGGAUAGCUUGUUCUGAAAUUGACUGUAUAAAAUGACAAAAAACCCUCCAAAUAGGCGGGGUAUCGCCUUUGAAGUUGGAGCACAGCUGGAGGCACGUGACCGGUUGAAGAAAUGGUAUGCUGCUCACAUUGAAGAAAUAGAUUAUGAAGAAGGCAAAGUCCUUAUCCACUUCAAACGAUGGAAUCACCGCUAUGAUGAAUGGUUUUGCUGGGAUAGUCCAUACCUCCGCCCUCUAGAGAAGAUUCAGUUAAGAAGGGAAGGCUUGGUGGAAGAGGAACCACAAGUGGUGUUUCGUGUCAAUGAACAGGUGUUGGCAUGUUGGUCAGACUGUCGCUUCUAUCCAGCAAAAAUAACUGCUGUCAACAAAGAUGGGCUUUCACCACUGGGAGCGCGGAGGACUUCAGAUGGGGACCUGGAGCUGGCUGCUGAUGCGAGUACAUACACUGUGAAAUUCUUCGAUGGUGUUGUUCAGACUGUCAAAAACAUUCAUGUGAAAGCUUUCUCCAAAGAUCAGACAAAUUUAUCUCGCUCAAAGCCUAGAGAAAAAGGGACUGAGAACUCCCCUUCUGACAAGCACAGGGGUAAGUUUCGAGAACAAAAAAAAACUGAAAACACCAGCACAGAAAAAGAGAAAUCUGCCCCUGAUCAGAAACCUUCAAACCAGUCUGAAAAGGAAAAGAAACAGUUGGCUGUCGAGAAAAACAAACCCCCAGAAAAAACAACUGUAAAGAAUGAAAAGGAAGACAAAGAAAAUAUAUCUGAGAAUGAGAGGGAUCCCUCUGCAGAUGGUCAAUGUGAUGAGAGAAGUGUGCAGAACGACAGCCUAAAAGUACCUCACGAAAAUGGGGAUAGAAGGAGAAAACGUAACAAGCCAUCCUCAUCACCACCUUCUGUUUCUAGUUCACAAACACUCCAGCCAGUCACUUUGGAGCUGAGAAGACGAAGGAUUUCCAUAGGAUCAGAAGUUCAAACUAAAAGACCUCGGCUUGAUAAGUCAGCAAAAAAAAAUGUUUCUGUAGAUGAAAAAAUUGAUGAAAAAAAUGAAAAUGGUGUGUCAGGCGAUGAGCAAAAGCCCUCUGACAUUUGUGAGAAUGGUGAAAAUGAUGAGAAAUCAGUUCUGCAUUUAUCUAAUGGGGUGCAGGAGAAUCUUAAUGUCAUGGAAGAAACGCCAGCGCCACCUGCUGUACAAGAGGAAUCCUCACAAGAACUUGAAUCUGGUCAUACAGAGUCAGAAGUCCAGACAGAGACAUUGCCCGCGACCAGUCCUGAGCUCUCAGAAACAAAGGAAUCCUGUCAACUGGAAAACCCUGGGGAGACUGCAGCUGCCGACAUCUCCACCUCUCCCUCUGAUGACAAACCCGAGGAAAAGAUGCAAUCAAUGCAAAAUGAUACCCAGGAGGCAGAUACAGUAACAGCUGCGAUGAAGCGGAAUCCACGAUCUGACCAUUCUGCUAAAUACAGUAGAGAACCCUUAACAAAUACUUUGAAGAAAACAGAUAAUCCAGCUCCCAAAGCUGUGUCAAUGGAAUUGGACCCCAACAGGUUUAAGUGCAAGUUUUUGGAUUGCUCAAAAUCUUUUCGCAAAGCAAAACUGCUACAUUACCAUAUGAAGUAUUUUCAUGGAGUUGAGAAAGCAGAGCAUGAUCAGUCCACUGUGACCAGACAUAUGCAAACAAGAGGCUCUUUAGCUCACGAAAAGGCCAGUCAAGACACUACAAAGAGGAGACGGACCACUUCUGGUUCUCUGCACACCUCACUUCAGUUGUCACUUAGAAGUUCCCCGCAAGACAAGCUAAAUGAAAGGAGGCGGCAUUCAACACCUGCUUCAAAUAGUACUCACUCCCACCGUCCAUCCCUCAGGGAAAAAAGCAAGGAGAAUGAGAUCCAAAAAGCUCAUCGUAAGCCAGAAAGGCUGUCAGAUGGAGUUAAUGACAAGGAAAAGACAAAAGAAAAGUCAAAAGAUUUAUUAAACCUUAAAUCCAAGAAGAAGAAAAAAAAGAAAAAGAGAUCGAAGUCUGAGCUCUCUGGUAGUGAAGAAAACAUUGAUAUAUCAAAGGAGCUGUCUCCCAAGAAAUCCCCUCCUAGUAAACCAAACAAUGACUAUAAAGCCCAGUGUCCUUUAAGAAAUCCACCACUAAGAAGUUCUGAUCAUGGAAGACGAAGAGAUACUGCCAAAUUAAGUGAUGAAGAUACAUUAAGUGAUUCCUGUACUGAAUCUCUGCUUUGGAGUGAUGAUGAUUACAAUGAAGAGAUUGAUGUUACAAAUGCUGAUGAAGAUUUGGAGGAGGAGGAGGAGGAUGAUGAUGAUGAUGAUGAUGAAGAAGGUGAUUGUGAAAUUGUGCGCUGCAUGUGUGAAGUACAGGAAGAGAAUGACUUCAUGAUUCAGUGUGAAGACUGUUUGUGCUGGCAGCACGGUGUCUGCAUGGGGUUAUUAGAAGAUAAUGUACCUGAGAAAUAUACCUGUUACGUUUGCCAGGAUCCACCAGGUCAAAGGCUUAGUUUAAAGUACUGGUACGAUAAAGAUUGGAUGAAUGAAGGCCACAUGCAUGGAUUGUCCUUUCUAGAAGAAAACUACUCCCAUCAAAACGCAAAGAAGAUAGUGGCCACACACCAGCUUCUAGGAGACGUGCAACGAGUGAUAGAAGUUCUGCAUGGACUGAGACUGAAAAUUAGCAUAUUGCAAAGCAAAGAACAUCCGGACUUAAAGUUCUGGGGCCAGCCAUGGAAGCAUGUGCUUAAUGAAAAGUGCUACAUGAGACGCAACCUUGAAGAGAAAUCUUGUAAAGAAGACACAACCAAUUACAGGACUUACAAUGGGGCAGUUGAUAAGCCAUCACCCAUUCCUUCUGUGGAGGAAUCCUAUAUAACCAGUGAACACUGUUACCAAAAACCUCGGACCUAUUAUCCUGCAGUAGAACAGAGAUUAGUUGUGGAAACACGGAAUUCAACUUUAGAUGCUGGGGUGGAACGGAUAAGACAAAGCAGGGAAGACUCGCUGGCUGAAAGACUUGGGUGGGAGUUGGACAGAGAACUGAUCAAGACUGAGAGUGAAUCAAAACAUAACUACUGUAAGGUUCGAGAAUGCCUGACAAAGAGGAAUCCACCUCCAGAGUCUUCACAGCCUUUUGACAAUGGUGAUACCACAGUCAACACACAGCUACAGUGGCAACUGAACCUUCUGGCACAUCUAGAGUCAUUGCAGGAUGAGGUCACUCACAGGAUGGAUUUCAUAGAGAAGGAACUUGACGUUUUGGAGAGCUUCUUGGACUACACAGGAGAGCUUGAGCCCCCAGAACCACUUGCACGGCUCCCACAGCUAAAGCACCGGAUCAAACAACUUCUAACAGAUCUUGGAAAAGUGGAGCAAAUAGCGCUUUGUUGCUCAACAUGAGUGUAAUGAACAUAAUGAAAGCAUCUCUAUAAGACUGUAGCAAAGCCUUGGGCACUACAGCGCUUUGGGAAUGGCAUGCAGUUCGCAUGUGCUACGAACAAAAUUCUGGGCUGAUGGACAGAGUUACCUGUUCCCAUUGUAAAUGUGCAGAUAUAGUUCAUACAGUUUGAUAAUGAAUGUAGUAACCGAGGCUCUUCUAACAUUUUUUUUUUCUUUUUCUAUCCUCCCCAUGGUUGUCACAAAUUGUUGCUAACGUUUUUGGUUUGUGGCAUUUCUUUUGCCCUACUGGUGCCAGUGUUCUGCAGCAUAAUGGCCCAUUUUGUCCACUUUGGGAGUAUAACAUUGAACAGAAAGUCGGUAAAGGAUUUUUUUUUUGUUGUUUCCAAACUGACUGCAAUUUGUUCACCACUAUAGAAUACAGCUCUGUUUUUUGUUUGUUUGUUUAAUAUAGCUGUAAACUCUGUUCUACUUGGUUGCUGCUUUUCUCUUUUUCUGCAUACUUUUGCAAAUUCAGUAUUUAAGCAGCAAAAGAUAGUCAUGAUCUUUUUCUAUUUUUGUUGCUUAUAUGGCAGUGAUAAAUGUUCUACUUUUCAUUGUAUUCUGUUGCUGCUGUGUUUGUAGAUAUUCUGUUCAGAGUAGCUUGCUUGUUGUACUUGCUGUAAUGGUACGCAGACACUGUCUACCAAACUAGGGCAUGAUUUAAAGCUAAGAAUGAUCUAAAACUGUUUUCUUAGAAUUAUUUGUAACAGAUAAUUUCCAAACUGUGCCUACGGAGUGAGUAUAUCUAAAAAAGUUCUGUAUGACGUGAGGCAGGUUGUGUUUUUUUUUGUUUUUUUUUUAUAAA